GACUCCAUUUCCUGCACAACACCACUUAUUCAAAACACUCCCAUACAAUGUCCGACGCAAACAAACGCCUGGCCUUCGCCAUCACUGAGUUCCUCGCGGACUCCAUCGCAAACGGGACUAUCAACAAGGACGACGCUGAGGGUAUCGAAGUCGCCAUACAAUGCAUAGGCGAGGCUUUUGGCGUAGACCCGUCCGAUGAGAAGCACAAGUCUCAGUUCUCUAUCAAGCCCGCCACUUUGCCAAAGAUCUUUGACGUGUUCCUGACGACACAGCAGAAGGCGGCCUCUUCUAACCAGGAGGCUGCUCCUGCUCCCGAGAAGGCUGCCCAUACUUCUGUUAACUCCGGACCUUCGGCGGACUCUAUCAAGGCGAAGGCUGAAGAUCUGAAGGCUGCUGGUAACAAGGAGAUGGCGAAUAAGCAGUAUGCUCAAGCCAUUAAGCUGUACUCGGAGGCCAUUGAGCUGAACGCUGAGAACCCCGUAUACUACGCCAACAGAGCCGCUGCAUACACACAAGCGACAAAGUACGAGCAGGCGGUUGCCGACGCAAAGAAGGCUGUGGAGAUUGACCCGACUUACGGCAAGGCUUUCAGCAGAUUAGGCCAAGCCUACUUCUGCCUCGGCAAAUACCAAGAAGCCAGCGACGCAUGCGAAAGCGGUCUUAAGCUUGAGCCCGGAAAUGCCGCACUCAAGUCAACAAAAGCGGCCGCGGAACAAAGGCUCAAUGAGGCCAGCGAGCCUGCAGCCAGCGCUCCCAGGGCUACUUCAGCAACACCCCGCUCGGGCGGUGGGGCUCCUGGAGCAGGCUUCUCCGGACUUGGAGGUCUUGGUGGACUCGAUUUGGGGUCGAUGAUGAGCAACCCCAACUUCAUGCAGAUGGCGCAAAGCAUGAUGAGCAACCCCGCCAUGAGCUCCAUGCUCCAAAACCCGGCCAUGAUGCAAAUGGCGCAGAGCAUGAUGAGCGACCCUGACGCGAUGCGCAACAUGAUGAACAACCCGGAGAUAGCGCGUAUGGCGCAGAGCAUGAUGGGUGGCCAGGGUGGUGCUGGAGGUGUUGAGGAGGCUCCUUGAGUUCGCUUUUUAAAUGUAGCAAGGUAGUUUCGACGAGUUUGUUCGUCAGGCAUGUGAACCGACUGUAAUAUCGUAGCAUGUAGACAUACUCGUAGGUUUAGAUCCGCCGAGAAUAUCAUAGGCAGUAAUCGUUCAUACAGUUCCAUGGAUGCUUUUGGUACUACA